AUGAAGUUUGGUAAGACGUUUCCGAAUCAUCAAGUACCAGAAUGGUCUCAUAAAUACGUGAAUUACAAGGCUUUAAAGAAGGUUAUUAAAGAAAUCACAUCCUUGCAAGGAGACCUCUAUAAGCAGAAACAUAAGAAUGAUGUUCGUAAUGGAGAUAAUCCUGUGUCGGUGAAAAGAAGAGAUACAUCCAAUGUUGAAGAAAGGUAUUUGAACCACCCAGAGGUGAAAAAGUUGCUUGCCAGUUUCUUCUUUGCCUUGGAUAGGGACAUUGAGAAAGUGGAUAAUUUUUAUAACAUGGAGUUUAUGGAAUACGAUAGGAGGUUACGGAAAUUGCUAUCUAGUCCACAAUUUACUGAUCUAACAUCUCUUCCUCUAAUGGGUACACAUAUCAAUAGUUCAGUAACGAAUUAUGGUGUUAUUCAGCAGCCUGUACCCCACGUUGGGUCCUAUACAUGUAAUGUUGCGGGAAAUGGUAUUGGGAGAGCGACAGAUUAUUCUCAUGUUGAUCAAGUUUAUGUCCAAGCUAAUCCUACUGAAGAGUCUGACACUUUAGCUGAAGUUUUAAAUAUUCUUAUCGAAUUGAGAUCUCACUUCAGGAACUUGAAAUGGUAUGGGGAAUUGAAUAAGCGUGCGUUUACAAAGAUUCUUAAGAAGUUGGAUAAGAAGGCAGGUUCUAAUCAACAACAUUCCUACCUUCAAGCUCGGAUAAUGCCAUUGGACUUUUCUAAUGAUGCAGAAGUUGUUAAAGAUCUCUCUGUAAUCAAUGAAAUUUUGGAUCGUAUAUCUCCACGUGUAAGAGACCUCCAGGCUAGACUUCGUAAUGACGACAAACGUAUAUUUAAAGAUUCUACGUCGCCAAUUGAUAGUCUCUCUCAGCUAAUAGAAAAAGAUGAUGGAGCUGGUCUAAUAAACGAACUAACUUCCAUUUACAGAUCUGUGGUACUUAUUCCAACAAGAGUUUUGGUUACGAUAUUAAACAAGUCUGCUCUAUCUCAAUCUUUUAAGUGCGUAGAUGAAGUUUUGGAGAUUAUACCUACGUUAGGAGAUCCUUCGGAUAUUAACAGUAGAAACUUUUUCCAUCACCAUGUUAUUGCAUUAGGUAAAAAGCACAAAAGUAUUUUGGAACAUCGUAACGAUUUGAAUUCACUUCUAACUGAUUGCUUGGAUUUUGAAGCUGCUAUUCCCCCUGAUACUAAUGCGAGAUUGUUAGGAGCGUUUGGUCCUGAUGGUGUCAACUCCGAUGACUCUCCUGCCUCCCUAUCCCAUAUUCUUCAACAGCUGCCAGCCCACUUAAGACCAUCCUUGUUACAACGCGAUAACUAUAAGCGUACGCCGUUACAUUACUCAGCACAGUUUGGUCUAGUCGAGGUCACUAGAAUUAUAAUUGAAUAUCUCAAAGAAUGGGGAGCUUGGAAUGCUGAUAUUGCUAUUGAUGAUGUCCAAACUUGGGGUGAUUCUGAAGGAUUUACACCGUUACAUUUAGCAGUUAUCGGAACACAUGCUCUCACUGUCACUACCAUGGUGUCUUUUAUGAGUCCAGGUAAAUCGGUGAAAACUCCGCGGUUACUACAUCUAGCUACAAGAUUAAACUCACCUGCGUUAAUCGACUCUUUACUAUCUGUUAAUGGCUUUGAUAUUAACCAUCAAGAUGCCGAAACUAGUGAGACACCUUUAUAUGUUGCUUGUAAAUUAGACUUAUAUGAGGCUGCGAAGGCUUUGAUAAAGCGAGGAGCCAAUAUGGAGAUCGGGGAGAAAUUAUUUGGCUGGACUCCUAUUUUUAUUGCAGUGACUGAAGGAUAUGCUAGGAUUGUAAAAUUGCUAAUUGAUAACGGUGCAAAACAUGAUAUUUUUGAUGAAAGUGGAUGGACUCCAAUGGAACAUGCUGCUUUAAGAGGUCAUCUAGAAAUUGCGGAAAUGGUGAAGAUCACAAACAAUAAGGCAAUUACCCGUCCAAAGUUUGCUUCUAAUUGGAGUACUCCAACAAAGCCAGGUGAUAGUAUCACACUGCUUUCAGCUUCCACGAAUACUUCAGAAUCCACUCUCGGAUCAGAUGCCAGGGGAAUUUCUUUAUCGCCCAAUAAUAGUAACGAGUUUUAUAAAUUGCGUGUUACUUCAUCAUCUUCCAUUGAUAAGAUAUCGGAGUCUAAUAAGGGGAAGCAAAAGAAAUUGUUGAAAUCUCAAUUAAGUUCUGGGAAAAUACCAACAGUUAAGGAUAAUAAUUUACCGCAGCCUGUCAAAUCUUUUGGCCACAACUUUUUGCAGAAGAAUGAAAGUGUUAUUAUGGUCACCCUUGGCACUAAUGAUUCAAGAACUAAAAUUCCAGUAGUGUCUUUAAAUAGAGUUCCUGUUUCGAAAGUUUCAUCCACAGAACUUGACACUGCCUUAUCGCUAAUGGUCACAUGUAAGGAAGACCUAGAUCAGCAACCUGUUAUUCUUGACUUACCCUUGGACGAAAACUUGGAUUCCAUCAACUUUAAAGUGCCUCACAAACAUGAUUCUUCAUACGUUAUAUUUUUCGAUAUUGUCCCUACCUAUGGCUAUGCAUUAUCUGACAAAUGCAAUAAGGCAGAUAAGAACGUACAAUUGUCAAACAGUAACAAUAAUGGUUCUACCCAAACUGAAUACCAGAUGGAUCUAGCAGCAAAACACCCUUCUGAACAUAUUAACAGGACUGGGGCAUAUUUGCAACAGGGUUCGCAGUUGUGUCAAGAAACCCCACAAAAUAAACAAGGUUCCAAGAUUUUAGGCCGUGCGGUUGCGUUCCUAGACUCUGCAACUAAAGCUGUUGGGACGAACAAAUGUUCAAUUGCCGAGACCAUUGUAGUGCCUAUAAUUGGAAGCGAUUCGUUGGAAAUUUUAGGUACAGUCUGCUUUAAUUUCUUAAUAGCAACCCCAUUUUUACAUCGAAACUUGUCUCUGGGGCCUGCUGAAACUUACUGGAAAUCAUUGGUAUCUACCAGAGUCAUUGGCCAUCGUGGGCUUGGCAAGAACAUGAACACAAAAAAAUCCCUACAACUAGGAGAGAACACUAUUGAAUCUUUCAUAGCAGCAGCGUCUCUUGGCGCUUCGUACGUUGAGUUUGAUGUACAGUUGACGAAGGAUAGCAUUCCAGUUGUAUACCACGACUUUUUAGUUGCUGAAUCUGGAGUCGAUAUCCCUAUGCAUGAAUUGACUUUGGAGCAAUUUUUGAACCUAAGCAAUGCUGACAGACAUAAUGGUCAACUACGAAACUCUGCUAAUAAACCGGGUGCUGGAAAUAGCCGUAAUCCAAGUCGCAGGCGAUUGUCGAUGGAUGACAGCAGUGCAGAAGCGAUCAAAAGGUCAUUGAUGAUGCUUGGAGAAGAUGAAGAGACUGAUAAUGACUUGACUACUAUUUAUCGUGAUAGGAUGAGAUUAACCAGAACCUUCAAGAAGACUGCGUUCAAGGCAAAUUCUAGAGGCCAUGCUAUAGCAUCUAACUUUGCGACCUUAGAGGAGUUGUUCAAGAAGAUCCCUCAAAACGUGGGUUUUAAUAUUGAAUGUAAAUAUCCGAUGGUAGAUGAAGCUGAAGAAGAACACAUUAGCCCCGUUGCCAUCGAACUAAAUCACUGGGUAGAUACGGUUUUACAAGUCGUAUACGAAAACGCCGGUGGACGUGACGUGAUAUUCUCGUCGUUCCAGCCAAACAUCUGCAUAAUGCUAUCCUUAAAACAACCAUCAUUCCCGAUAUUGUUCUUAACGGAAGGAGGUAAGGUGAGAAGAUGCGACAUGAGAGCUGCAUCUCUACAGAAUGCAAUUCGGUUGGCACACAGAUGGAACCUAUUGGGCAUUGUUUCUGCCGCAGAUCCGAUUGUCAUCGCUCCCCGGCUCGCCCAAAUUGUGAAAUCUAGUGGCCUAGUAUGUGUCACGUACGGCGUGCAAAAUAAUGACCCUGAAACGGCAAGAAUCGAAAUGGAUGCUGGCGUCGAUGCUGUGAUUGUAGACAGUGUCUUAGCAGUGCGUAAAGGUCUAACGAAAAAUGCUGAUGACUUAGAAGAGGAGACGACCGACUCGACCAACGUAUAA